AUGGAAAUAGACGUUACCCCAGAUGGUAUUUCAGAAUGUAAUACAGGUAACUCAAGUCAAAGCGAAGAAGAAAAUGUGGAAAAUUCAAGUGCCAAUAAAAAAAAUGUAAGCAAUAACGUUAGUGCAGAAGAUCCUGGUAAAACCAGCUCUAGUAAUAGGAAAACCAAACAUGCACUUCGACAACAAGCAAAACGCAGAAGGAAAAAUACUACAAUAGCUUCUGGUAACGCCACUUCAGUACCCCGUAUAAUAGUUAAACCUCUACCUCCUCAAGCAGUUGAAGAGCCAACUGUGACCGCAGUGCCUACAAAACGAACACCAACGAUGAAGGAAGUGCUAGCCUCAAUACCGGGGUUCAACGUGCGACCCAGAAAGAGAUCCAGCAAAAAGUUGUCUCAUGCCGCUCAACUCGAACAAACCAAAGAAGGCUGCGUCGAUUUAGAAACUCCCGAUUCGAUUUUGGUCAUCACGAACCUGCGACACUUACUCAACAAGGCCACAUUUGCAGCCCUACCUACGCUUUAUCAGAACAAAUUAGUUCAGUUAUUACCCAGUGUCGAUAGGAAUAUCGCAAACAACGACCCUAACAGCAAUCUCGAGAUCAACAAUUCCGGAUUAAACAAUGAGUUCUUCGCCAGGGCCUGUCUCGAAUGGCAGGACCGGCUGGCCGAAGGGGAGUUCACGCCGGAGAACCAACAGAAAUUGAAAUUGGAAGCCGAUAAAGAGAGGAGCAAGGUCGAUCCUUGGAAAUUGAAGCACUUCGAACCGAUAUGGGGCGAUCGAUCGUUUGAACUCAAUGUAAAUAGUACUGUAAUGUCUGUAAACGCAACACGUCCACCCAUCAAGACCACUAUAAAACUCAGGCCUUCGACCACCCAGUCGACCAAGCAAAGCAAACACCCUGUCCCACCUCCCGUGAAACGUUUAAGAACCGUCGGUGCAAUGACUCGCUCGUGCACCAGCAUGAAAAUGAACACGUUGGAAAACAAAUCGCCCAUUCCUGACUUGUUGCCUAUCAAACAAAUGAAGCAAGUACAAAAGGAUGAGGUUCAACUUAAGUCUGAAAGUACUGUUAGCGUAGAUGUAGAUACAAAUACUUCAGUUAGUGAUAAUAUUAUAGAACUUCAGGAAAAAUGCAUUGUUAAUAUAAGUGAUACUAUUUUAGAAAAUAAUCAAGAGACAAUCAUUAUUUGUUCUUCUAAGCCGGACAAAAGGAGGAGAUCGCCCAGCACUGAUUCUAACGAAAAGUCUCCCAAAAGAAAGACCCCUAGUCCUUUUAUCGAAAACCCCGUUCAAGCCGAACACGUAGAAACCGAUCGGGAAAAAGACGUUCCCGAAGAUCGUCUAGCCCAAGAAGCUAGCGAUGACGACAAAGCGAGCGAAACCAUGUCAGAAAUGAUGGAAGAAGAUUCCUACUAUCACGACAAAGAUAAGCUUUUAGACGAGAACAGCAGCAGCUCCAGUAGCAUCGUUACUCACAACAUCGAGGAAAUAUCCAGUAACGAAACUAUCGAAACGGUCGAUUCCUUGCAAUUACAUAUUGAUUACAAAGAAGAAGAACGCAGUCAAACCGACGAGACUUCUUCCACUACUACCACCACGGAGCAAGAGGAUCAAGAGGAAGACGAACAAGAGGACCCGCUAGCUCCCACACCUGAUAUGCUAGAACUAACUCCUAUGGAUACCGAUCCACUUCAGAUAACCGAGAACGAUAGCGAAUGCCAUAUAGUUACAGACCACUUAAAGUUAACCCACAUCGAUGACAAGUCGCACUACAACGUACCGAUGGAUCACAUCCAAGCAGAAAACAUCAGCGUCAUGGAAAAUCAAUCGAUCGAGCCGAACGAAACCCAGGAGCCAGAAAUACCGAAGAACCAACCGGUGGAAUCUCUGGAAAGUUCGGAUCGCACCGAUUCAGCGGAGCCUUUGGAACAGUACGAUUCGAUGGAUCAAACGGAGCACCCCGAAAUCGCCAAAGACGCUCGUCUCCAGCAAACAUUUCAAGUCCUCCCUAACACAUUGAUCUUGGAAGAGGACAAAUCGCGCAGCCACAAGAACGACAACGUCCAGGCGUCCGUGCACGCUCACCCAGAUCAAGGUGACGGUAUAAGUAUCAUCGAUGCGGAAAAAUUGGAGGCCAGCGUCGAAGAAUGCGAUCUCGUGAUGGCGCAAAUUUCGGAAGCCGCCUUCGAAAACGUGCCCACCGACGAGGAGGAUCGGUUCAUCGAUGCCGAGAAUUACGUUUUGGAAUCGGGACAGCUCGGCGUCAAUAAGGUCGGCGAUAAGGAGAAACAAGGCAUCGAAAAGGCCAACGUCGACGUACAGGCUACGUUGUUUGGAGAAAACGCCGGAAGAGUGGCUACAGAUGAGUGUUGCUGGGGAAUGGUGGACAGUCGUACUGAGAAAUUGAUGCAAGUGUCGCCGUUACAUACGUUAGAGACCACAAUGCCUUUGGAGAGCCACUGUUCCACCGAAUCCGUCGUACAGGACAAGCUGGACGAGCACGUUCAAGUGAUUCCCAUGCAGGAGGAGCUCGAAGUCAAGUUGGAACAAGGCAGAUUUCCCGUUGUAGUAAACGAUUGGAGGUAUGAUGUCAAUAUGGAUUCGGACAUGGUGGAGGCGGCUUUAGGUACGUGCAAAGAAGAAUUUUCAGAAGAAGAUCCAUCUAAAUCGAACUACCAGGAAAUAAGUGGAAAUCAAGUCAAGUUGGAAUUGGAAGUUACACUUACCCCCGAGAUAGUCCCAACGCAGUCUAGUAAUCCGAUUAUUAGUACCAGCAACAAUUCGCCCGAUCCUUCAAUAACGCCUCCUGUCAGUAGGGUACCCCUAACGACCGUAAUUCCUCCCACAGUCGUUCCUCCUACUGUAAUUCCUCCAACGACGAUCGUGUGCCUGCCCAGCAUCGUGACGUCGGCCCCGAUUAUUAACGCGGUUAACGAAGUAGCGCAAUGCGCCGCAGUACCGCGCAUUCAAAGCUCCAGCGCCGUACCGUAUCUGGCUUUGAGUACCAGCCAACCCAUUAGGGCGGUAUCCACGCACAGUAAAGCCAAACCAAAGAACGCUCAGAGCGGGGGUAAUAGGAAUCGGAGUAGCAACAAACCGCCUCCCGGGGCGGUGAACUUGGAGAGAAGCUACCAAAUUUGCCAGGCUGUGAUCCAAAACAGUCCCAACCGGGACCAAUUGAGGUGCCAGCUGAAACCGCCGCCGAGUUUGCUGGCGGCGGCCCAAGCGAAUAACAUGAAAAAGAACGAGAAUAGAUAUUCUUUUGGUAGGCCGGCGCAACAGCAACAGCAGCAACAACAACAACAACAGCAGGCGCAGCAACAGCAGCAACAACAGCAACAGUUCGCUGCCGGUCGGGGUACCGUUAACAAGACGUUCGCUCCGCCGCUACCGGCGCAAAACAAUGCCUAUCCGAUGGGGGCGCAGGGCGGUAACGGCAUAAGAGGGGUCGCGCAACGCAUGAGGACCGUGCCCUAUCAACAGCAGAGGGCGCCCGGACCGGGUCCGGUCGUCGUCAGGCAUAUUUUCUCGGCUGGCCAAGGAAUUCCCGUCACCAUGGCCGUGUUGCCUCACGCGCCUAGUGUUAAUCCGGAGGUUAUCGAAACCCAAACACCAAUGGGAACCCUGGGCCAGUACAUUCUCGUCCAACGUACCGGCGUCCACGAUCCGUUGAACACGCCGCGAUCGUCGAGCGCGCCCCCUUCGCAGCAGCAACAGCAAAUCAACAAUUCCGUAAACGCCGCCGGCGGCGGCGGUUUGUCCCAAAUCGUCUCGGUCGGAGCCGGCCGGGGUCGACCCGCCAGCGUGGAAGUCGACCAUCCCUCCGUGCAGGGCCAGUCCUGCAACGAUUUCAUCGUUCAAUGUCCCAAUCCCGGCGUACAAGCCGUCACGAGAAGGCAGAGACUGCCGCCAGGCGUCGUUUAUGGGGACGUGAGCGUGGAGUCCCCCCUGCAAAAUUACACGAUCAUAGGCGGCGAAGGGAACGUAUUGGUGGAUCAUCCGGGCGCCGCCAUGCCGAAUCAGCUGGUGCUGCAAAAGCAACCGGCUACGGCGGUACCGCCCGUACAAAAACCGGCGCCGGCGCCAUCGGUGGCGGUGGCGGUAGCGGGCGAACAGAAUUGCGCCUGUAGCCUCAAAGCCAUGGUAAUGUGCAAGAAAUGCGGGGCCUUCUGUCACGACGAUUGCAUAGGACCCAACAAAUUGUGUCGUACUUGCUUCAUACGGUAG